AUGAAGUCCUACGAUGAAUAUGCCUGGGCAAUUACUACUCAAAUUGGGGAUGACUGGCCACGACUUCUGUGGACCGAUGAAGAUAUCUAUAAUGACAUGAAAACGAUUCUUUCGGACAAGUUUAGCCACUUGAAAUGUGCCUCCUUCGAACACCUCCGAACAGGCGGUUUCAAUGUCUGCUUCAAGAUGGUGUUCACCAAUCAAUUCGGCGCUAUUAUACGGCUCCCUCUGCCCGGCUCAAUCAUGUUCCCUGAAGAAAAAGUCCGAAAUGAGGUCUCUAUCAUGCGAUUCCUCAUGGAAAAGUCUUCAGAUAAGAUCCCAAUACCCGUGCCCUCUGUCUUUCGCUGCGAAGAAACAAAAAGAAGUCCACCGGGAUUGGGUCCAUUCAUCAUCAUGGACUAUAUCCGUCACGUGGGAAGUUUGGAGGAUCUUCUUGAAAUGCCGGGCCGCCAAAAAGGAGAACGUCCAGUACUUAAUCCGGACCUCAUCCUCAACUCGUCCAGGCUAGAAGCUCUGUUUGGGAAAGUAGCCUAUAUACUCCUUUCUCUGUCUACACUUUGUUUGAGCCGGAUAGGAUCCGUCCAUAAGAAUGAAGACUCUACCUGGGUAGUAUUACAUCGGCCGCUGUCCUAUUCUAUGAACGAAAUUGUGCAAUUAGGGACAUUACCACAAUCGAGUUUACCGACCAUAACAUAUGAUACAACAUCGUCUUACAUUAAAGAUUUGGCGGAACUCCACAUAUUACACCUGAAAAGCCAAAGAAAUGAGGCAACUAUUGACUUGGAUUCUAUUGACUUGGAUGCCGACCUAAACAUGUUAGCGGACGAAUACCGUCGCAAAUUCGUGGCCAGGUUCCUCUUUCGAAAACUUGCUGAAGACGAAGAGCAGAGAAGAAAAUGGAUUUGCAAUGAUAAUGGUCCAUUUCCAGUUUGGUGCGAUGAUCUUCGACCAGAAAAUGUUUUAGUUGAAGAAGCCGAAAACAUCGUUGGAAUGGUAGAUUGGGAGUUUAGUUAUUCCGCCCCAGUUGAGUUCUCUAAUGCGCCGCCUUGUUGGCUUGUUCUCCAGAAGCCGGAAGAUUGGCCCGAAGGGCUUGAUGACUGGUGCAAGAAGUAUGAGAAAGCGCUACAGAUCUUCUUGAGGGCAAUGCAGAAAAGCGAAGACGAAGCGAUCCGGAACAAACAGCUAGUAGAAAGCCAGCGGCUUUCUAGUCGGAUGCGGCUCAGCUGGGAAAGCGGGAGUUUUUGGAUCAUGUACGCUGCAAGAAACAAUUUCGCCUUCGACAAGAUAUAUUGGGAAAAAAUCGAUCAAAGAUUUUAUGGGUCGACCACACAUCAGACCGACAACAUUUGUGAUAAUUGGAGGAUGAGACUUCAUCUGUUGGAGCCUGGAGAGUGGGAAGUCAUCGAAGGAUAUGUAAGAUCGAAGCUCGAAGAAAAGCAGGAGGAGAAGCAGGAACAAAAACUCACCUGGAACGCCGGUCAGUACACCGAGCAAUGGAUAACGCAAAUGAGAAAAAAGAAGUUGGAGAGGGAGAAGGGGAAUUAG